AUUGAAGCGUACGGCAUUAAAAUCGGUGCUUUCCCAUAGAUUUCUUUCGGUUGGUGGGCAAUUUUUUUUUCUUUUUUUAUACUUUUAAUUGAGUCGGUCAGAUAAAAUUCGAUUACCAUAGCCACUUGUGAAAUCUGUGUUUCCACAUCAGCGAAUUUAUUUUUCCUCCAACAGGAAAAUAAGUGAAUCCGGUCACACGAAUCGCAAUCAAAGAAAUAAAAUUAAUAAAAUAUCAAGAAAAAAAAACCAUUAUCAGCGGCGCCAAUUCAUAACGAUAUUUACGUGUUCAAAUUGAACCAGAUCUCUUUGAUGAUCGUAUGGAAAUGAUAAAAGGAAGUGAUUGAAUUUUUUAAAUGAAUUUUCAAAGAAAAUGAUAGUUUGAACAAUUUUAUUGAGAACUCGAUAAAACCGGUCAAGUGAUCACAAAGAAAACAACAACGGAAAAAAAACUAUUGACAACUUAAAAGGGAAAAAGAAUAAUGACUAGUGCAUUUACGUCAAUUCAUUUUGCUAAUUGAUUCGGACAAAUAAAGGCCAGGGUGAAAAUUAAAAGAGGUGGAAUAUAUUGAAGAAGAAAAAACUAAAACUUACUUCCUUCAGUUUUAUGCAAUCAAAUUGGUGUGUUCCGCUGAGCAUUAUACGCCGAUCAAAUCGGAAUUUGGCUGCAUUUAUCUGUCUAAAUAACCGAAAAGUGAUUAUGUGGUUUAUGUGUGUGUAGUGUGUAAGAGUAAAAUUACAAUUGUGUGAGAAAGCAGCAGCAGCAGUCGAAAGGGGAAAGAACACAAAACACCCAUUUCAAAAUUACCGUCAAUAAACAGAACAAACAUUUUCUAAUAAGUAAUCUACAACGGCACGUACGAUAGACGCAAGAGAACGAACGCAUUCAACGUGAUCGUCCAGACAAAUCGCGACGCAAGAUGGACGCGAAUACAACGAGCGGGUUUGGCAACAUUGUACAGAAUAGCAGUCGUGUUUUGAAUAUGUCAGAAAUUGAUUUGGACAAUGAUAUUUUGUACGAAGUGCCUAUCGGAAUUAUCGUCUUAUUAUCUAUAUUUUAUGGCAGCAUAAGUAUAAUUGCGGUGAUUGGCAACUCACUGGUAAUUUGGAUCGUAGCAACCACUCGACCAAUGCAAACAGUUACAAAUUUAUUUAUAGCCAAUUUGGCACUUGCUGACGUUGUCAUCGGUAUGUUCGUCAUACCAUUUCAGUUUCAGGCGGCGUUGCUUCAGCGAUGGAAUUUGCCCGAGUUUAUGUGCGCUUUUUGCCCGUUUGUUCAAACGGUUAGCGUGAAUGUGUCGGUGUUCACACUGACAGCGAUUGCUGUUGAUCGUCAUCGAGCCAUCAUUAAUCCACUAAGAGCUCGGCCGCCCCGUUAUAUAUCCAAGAUCAUAAUAGCUUUUAUAUGGGUUAUAUCGCUCGCAUUUUCAAUACCAAUGGCGAUUGCAUUGCGUGUGGUUAAAGAGAACAGCUAUCAAGUGUUGCCCGAUAAAACUAUUGAAAAAAUCGAGUAUCCAUUCUGUAACACUGGCAACAUGGAUGCUGAGAAAUUCCAGCAGUAUCGAUACUAUUUGGUGUUCGUACAGUAUUUCAUUCCAUUUGGAGUCAUCAGCUUUGUCUAUAUUCAAAUGGCCAUUCGAUUGUGGGGCUCGAAAACUCCAGGAAAUGCCCAGGAUACACGUGAUAUAACAUUGAUGCGAAAUAAAAAGCGGGUCAUUAAAAUGUUGAUUAUUGUGGUGCUAUUGUUCGGAAUUUGCUGGUUUCCACUACAAUUGUACAACAUUUUGCACGUCACGUGGGAUGGUGUCAACGAAUAUAAAUACAUCAACAUCGUAUGGUUCUGCAGUGAUUGGCUUGCAAUGAGCAACAGUUGUUACAAUCCAUUCAUUUACGGCAUUUACAAUGAAAAGUUCAAACGUGAAUUUCGGCGUCGGUUUCCUUUAUUUCGCUUCACAUUCGAGCAUACGGACGUAAGUGAGAAGAAUGUCUCGAUGUAUACACGCGCCAGUUCAAUUCGCUCAAAUUACACGACCACAUCAACCAAAACGAAAUUCAUGAUUCCACAGCGCAUUGUUGGUGGAAACGAUUCACUACAGCAUUAUAAUGCGCUUCACAUUGCCGAUCCGCCAGUCGUCAAGAACAACAAUGUAAUGAACGGAAAUCAUAAUUGGACUGUAAAGUCAUCAUGGCAAUCAGCAUUCAAUCAGUCACCGGUGGUGGCAAAUGGUACCGUUGUCGAAUGGCAGGAUAAGAAAUGUGUUUGCUUUUCAAAAAUCUAUUGCAAGGGUACGGAUCAUCCGGGCUGCACCGCCACCACCACCACAACGACAAAGACGACGGCGAUACCGUUGACAUCGGCGCAAAACAAUAAAAACGCACUGCUUGAACCAUUAACAAAUAACGUAAAAACCGGUUCAAUCUAUUCGCAUGACACGGCGAAAAACUGCUGUUGCUGCUGCCAAGGGCGAAAAACUAUUUGCAAAGAUAACAACAUUUUCGACAGUGAACUGUGCUGUAUGCCAAAAACGGCAGCCGAAUGGGAACAAGUGAACUUGUGCAAGGCGGAAUGUAGUGCCAACAAUAAACAUUUUAAAUGCGACGAACGUGACGAAGACAUCGACGACAAUGAUGGCGACGAUACGGAUUUUCGAAAUGAAAUCAUUCGCAUCAAUAACAUUUAUAACAAUUGCAAUGCAAAUGCAAAUACCAACGCCAAUGACAAUGCCAAUACCAAUGCCGAAGCGGUGCCCGGCGAGAAUUUUCACUUGCACGGUUUCAACAAUUCGUGUAUAUCAUUGAGCAAGUAUAAAAACGAUAUUAAUCUGUGAUUUUUAUUGAAUGAUUAAUUGAUUGCUGUGUGUAGUAAGUGUGAGUACUGUAACAUGAAAUAAAAGAAGCCCAGAAAUUGCAUUUCCCUUCGAGGGAAAUGUGUAGAAAUUUACUGAGCAGUGAAAAUCAAUCGAUGUUUUCUCGAUAUUUGAUCGUCGUGAAACUUGCCAUCACGUCUCGUGUUAGUUUAUGUCCUUCUCCCCCUUCAAACCAAACCCCUACUGUAUUUUUCUUAAUUUAAGAGUAUCGAUGUUGGAGGUCUGAAAAAAAUUGUUUCAGAAAAAAAAACAAAAAAAAAAAACAAAAACAGAAGUGUUGACGAGGCGAAAGAGAUUAAGUACAAUGUACAUAUGCUCUUUUUUUAUUUAUAUGAAUUUAUUGUAUAACUGUAUGUUCGGUUUUAAAAAACCAGAGAAAAA